AACUUCUUGCUGAAAAAGUGAAAUUUUCGCGACGGAGUUGUUUACGUAAAAACCCGCAGUCCGUGAUUUUGCGUUCGAUUUUGCAGUGACCUAAAUAGGCCACGACGUCGAAGUCAUGUCCUUCACGUUAAAUUCACUCUCCGGCAACGCUAUUGCCACAAUGCAUCCCAUAAUGGGCAGCAUUGCCGGUGGAAGUGGAUUCCUCGCACAGCCUAUCGCUACGACCAGUGCUUCGUUAUUGGGCAACAGUCAGAUGGAGUAUGCCCGCAAACAGAAUCAAACACAACAAUCCGGAGUUGCUCCGAUGGAUCUGGAAUCGGCUUCGGAGAGGGAUUCGAUGAAGGAGGUGGUGGUUGGAGAGAAAAAGGACAAAAGUGGUCCGCUCGGGGGAGUGGAAGCCGGUGGGCAGAUACUGUUUAAUGGGUUGAUUCCCCAGCCGCAAGGGUUUAUGAUGAUGGCCCCGGGAAUGAUGAACAUGAUGGAUGGCUCAUCGCUGAUCGGAAUGCAGACAUUUCCCGUUAUGACCGCUCAGCAAAUAAAUCCGGGCGUGGAACUGAGUCAGCAGAAUCUGGGAAUCGUUAGACCUGAGGAUGGCAGCAAGGAGAUCAUUUACUGCAAAUCGUGUACCAUGUUUCCGCCGAAUCCGAAUUUACCGUCACCGAAGACGAUUGAUCGUCCUCCCGGGUGUAGAACGGUCUUCGUGGGCGGUCUUCCGAACUCCAUAACCGAGGAAAUUAUCCGGGAGAUUUUUGAACGAUGCGGUGAAAUAACGACCCUUAGGUUUUCGAAAAAGAACUUUUGUCAUAUCCGGUUCGUGUACGAGGCAUCAGUGGACUCGGCAAUCUACCUAUCCGGUUAUCGGGUCAAGCUGAGUACCGGAGGGUUCAAUUUCACCUCACCGGAGCCGAAAGAUCCGGCAACUUUUGGACAGCUGCACGUCGACUACGCCCAUGCUCGAGAUGAUCAGUACGACUUUGAAUGCCGCCAGCGGAAGCUCCAACGAGAGCGUCGCCAUCGGGAACGGGUCGAGGACGAUCGCCUCAGGCCGCUGUCGCCUCAGCCUAUCGCCCACUACACCGAACAUGAGGCCACUUCAGUAGCUGAAAAGCUAAAAACCGACGAAACAUUCAUCAAAGCGGUUCAGACAUUGAUCGCCUGGCUCGAACGUGGCGACUGCAACAAGAAAAAUGCCAACAGCUUCUACACCAUGAUCCAGAGCACCAACUCGCAUGUGCGGCGCCUACUUAACGAGAAAGGCAUCACCGAUGAGGAACUGUGCCGCGCCAAAGAGCACUACCGGAAGCAGAUGCAGUGCAUGUUGAGCCAAUUCAAUCAGAUUGAAAAAGUGUUCAAUGCGGCCAGUCACAAGAAGGUUUGGGAUCAUUUUUCUAAAGCCCAGAGAAAGAACAUCGAUGCCUGGAAGAAGCAAUCGCUGGAAAUCAAAAGCGUCCAAUUGGAUGACUUUGGUGAUGAUGAGAUGGAUCUGUCCGAGGAUGAAGGAUCAGUACCGAAAAAGUCCCGGUGGGAUGUCCGAAAGGAACGUCAGGACAGUACUUCAGAUGCGGAUACUCAAUCGGUACGAUCAGAUCUUGAAAUGAAAACCAUGCAAAUACAGGUUCUGCAGGAGACAAUCCGUAACCUGCAAACCCAGCUACUGGAAAACAAAUCCAAAGAAACGGAACGUCAAAACAAGAUCCAAGACCUGGAGGACAAACUGAAGGAAGCGAAUGUGAAACAGCUUCUUUUGAAAACCAAAAUUGCUACCACGCAAUCAAAACUGUUCCUCUGCACUACCAAUACUUCUUCCUCCAAGGGUGGCUCAGAGCUGGACGAGAGCGAACUGUCCGAAUCGGAACUAAAACCCGCGGUGGCAACUCCAACGCCGGUCGUUGAAGUAACACCUGCACCAGAACCGCCUAAGUCACCUCCACCACCCGCAGUUAUCGAUCCAAACGAGGCCAAAGUGAUCACACUGGUGUCGGCCUUCCUAGUCGUACAUCCUCACGGAGCUAGCAUCGAUUACAUUUGGUCCUACGUCAGCCGUUAUGUCCCGGAACUGAAGGCGAAGCAGGUCGAAGAGGUGCUACAAAGAUACUCAGAUCUCUUCCGUGAAGAGAUGAGCGGCGUGGGAGCCAAGAUCGUCCGUAAUUGGAAGUUCUGCGGUUUCGAGUGCAAAGAAGAAGGGGAAGCGGAAAAAUCAUAGACAUCAAUUGAAUAUUUAUAUAGCAAACUCACUACAAUUUAGUAUUUAUUGGUCUUUCGUAAUUAUCUCUAACAUUUUAAAAUGUUGUUUUAUACGAAAUAAACUUUAAUAAAUUCGUUUAAUCAUUGUA